AUGGAAGUUAAACUGCGGGGAACAAUUCAUUAUGUACCCACAAUGCACAUCGUCACGCCAUCGAAGGAAGUGACGGUCAGCGCCAUAUUGUAUAUUGACGAUACAGUGGAAGUGCUAGUCAGCGCCAUAUUGUAUAUUGACGAUACAAAGGAAGUGAUAGUCAUCGCCAUAUUGUAUAUUGACGAUACAGAGGAAGUGAUAGUCAGCGCCAUAUUGUAUAGUGACGAUACAGAGGAAGUGAUACAUUAUUUAGUCAGCGCCAUAUUGUUUAUUGACGAUACAGAGGAAGUGACGGUCAGCGCCAUAUUGUAUAUUGACGAUAAAGAGGAAGCGACGGUCAGUGCCAUAUUGUAUAUUGACGAUAAGGUGGAAGUGACGGUCAGCGCUAUAUUAUAUAUUGACGAUACAGAGGAAGUGCUAGUCAGCGCCAUAUUGUAUAUUGACGAUACAGAGAAAUUGACGGUCAGCGCUAUAUUGUAUAUUGACGACAAGAGGAAGUGA